GGUGUCCUGCAGCUUGUAGUAGCUCAGGUAUUCAGCUCGACCGUUUGGUGCACAUCACAUGAUCCCACAGAACGUCCAAGUUGGCAAGAGUUGAGGUCACCUGGCGUCGGCCCUGCUAAGAGCCCAGGAACAGACUGACCUCCCGUCAUUUCAAUACUCCACGUCUCUAAGCAAGGCUUCAUGGAUCAGAACUGGUCAAGAAGAGUGUUAGUCACGGACCGAUCCCAUGAGAAAGAACGGAGGAAUGGGUCCGGCCCGGGAGAGGUGCAGAUGUGCCAGUCCAUCCUGCUCUGCCAUGCUAACCACCAGGGAGAGCUGGGUGCCGGACAGCUGCUGAAGUGGAUGGACACUAUCGCCUGUCUGGCAGCUGAAAGACAUGCAGGAAUGGCGUGUGUAACCGCUUCCAUGGAUGAUAUUCAGUUUGAAGAGACCGUAAGGGUUGGGCAAGUUAUCAAUAUAAAAGCCAGAGUUAACAGGGCUUUCAACACGAGUAUGGAGGUGGGCAUCUAUGUAACAGUACAGGAGGUGCUCAGCGGGGUGACGAAGAGGGUUUGUGUGGCCUUCUCCACAUUCGUCGCCAAACCGACAGGAACACACAAGGUGUCUCUGAGACCCUUGGACGUUCAGGGCUCCGUAGAGGGAAUGCUGGAACAUUCACUGGCCUCAGAGAGGCGACGGCUCCGUCUCUACAACGAAGAGUCCUUCAAAAACCUCAUCAAGGACUAUCACAAUCUUCAAGACAAGGGACUGUAUAGCAGGAAACCCAUCGCGCCCUUGGUGUCGACCGAGCACACACGGGUCGAGAGCAUCGAGCUGGUCCUGCCGCCACACGCUAAUCACCAUGGAAACACGUUUGGAGGACAGAUCAUGGCCUGGAUGGAGAAUGUGGCUACAGUGGCAGCGAGUCGUUUGUGUGGCUACUACCCCUCUCUUGGAGCUGUGGACAUGUUCCGCUUCCGAGGUCCGUCCAGUGUCGGUGACAGACUGGUGUUCAAAGCCAUGGUCAAUAAUGCCUUUCAGACCAGUGUGGAGGUGGGUGUUCGGGUGGAGGCGUAUAACUGUAAGGAGUGGAAUGAGGGGACACCAAGACACAUCAACAGCGCCUCAGUGAUUUAUUACAUCCCAGGACGUGAUGGUGAGCAACAGACCUUUCCUGAUGUCACCUACACAACUCUUGAUGGAGAAAGACGAUUUCUUGGUGCUAUUGUCAGGAAGAGAAUUCGCAUGGCCAGAAAACACAUUCUGUACUCAAGAGAUGAGGGACCAAUUUCUGUGCCUUGGGACAGAAGUAAUCAGGUGUAUUUGGGGUAUAACAACGUGGCGGCUCUCACAGUCUUAGCUGGAAAACGGGGAUGGGAGGCCAGUAACAUCAACGAUAAGGUCGGGGUUUACGUGCAUGACGAAGAAGAUAUGUUGUGUUUAAGAGUUGAGAUGGAAGUCAAAACAUCGGCUUUUCACGUGUUCUCGCUGCUCGCCGACCUGAGGUUACGGCCACAGUGGGACAAGAACUAUCUGAGCUGUGAAGAGGUGGAGAAAGCAGAUGAGGAGGAAACCAUUUAUCACAUAAAAUGCGCCACAGUUAACGGAGGCAAAAGUCGGGAUUUCGUGUUCCUGUUGUCUAAAAGGCAACCCUGCAAAAAUGGAGACCCAUAUGUCAUAGCGCUCCGGUCCGUCACCGUGGCAACAGUUCCACCUGAGGAGAACUCCAUUCGGAGCGAAGCUAAAUGUGCAGGAUUCCUCAUUCACGAAAUGGGCUUUUUAACCUGCAAGGUGUCGUACUACAACCAGGUGACCUCUGGAGUGCUGCCCUAUGUGGAGGGAAACCUAGCGGGCUGGUCCAAAUCUAUGGAAGAGACGGCAAUGUCCUGCAUUUCCUUUCUGGAGAGAGAUGUGCUUAACACAGAGUUCUGAUGCACAACAUUUUGCUUCUAGGAGAAUCUUUUUAUUU